AUGUGUUUUUGUUCCACUACUGGUCUUAAAAUAACGCUUUUGACAGCUAUAACUAUUGCCGCAGGCUUUAAUGUCGGCCAAGUGGCGAAGGACAUUACUAUGCUGGACAAACUGGCGGGUCACCAUCAUAUUGUUCUUAUCAUAAGUCUAGUCUUAUGCGUACUCAUACUAAUUGUUCUCAUGGCUGCAGUAUAUGCAGCUGUUCGCCAUCAUCUCUUGAUUUUAAACAUGUCGCUUGUUUCUUUGAUUGUGAAAUGUGUAUGCAAGGGAAUCAUUGUAAUCGUGUGUGUAGUUACUGAAAACAACCUAGAAAAUACAGCCGCCCACUUUUGGUUCUUUUUAUGUUGGAUAUUUACGAUACUCUGUAUGAUCGCGAAUAUGUGUUUCUCUAUGCGUGUAAAAGAAAACUCGGACGAAGCCAACUAA